AUGCAACGUUUGACCAAAAUGACAUAUGUGGAUCUCUCUGCAAUUAGUCUCCGGCCAUUCAAGACUAGUGAUGCUGACGAUUUCUUGUUAUGGGCAGGGGAUGAUCAAGUGACUCGAAACCUCCGGUGGAAGACUUGUGGCUCCAGGGAAGAGGCUUUGGCCUUCAUAAGGGAUGUUUGCAUACCUCAUCCAUGGCGUCGCUCAAUCUGUCUUGACAACUGUUCCAUUGGCUUUGUUUCAGUUUAUCGUUGGUCAGGUGAUGAAAGGUGCAAGGCUGAUAUAGGCUAUGCUAUUGGCAGGAGCUACUGGGGCAGAGGGAUAGCCACCAAAGUGCUCAAGAUUGCAGUGCCCGAAGUCUUCAAGGACUUUCCCGAUUUGCUAAGGUUGCAGGCUUUUGUUGAUGUUGACAACAAAGCUUCUCAGAGGGUGUUGGACAAGGUUGGAUUUAUGCGAGAGGGUGUUCUCAGAAAGUACACUUAUUUCAAAGGGGUUGUUAUGGAUUUUGUUCUUUAUAGUUUCUUGUCAACAGAUGAAAUUUCUCCUGAUGACUAG